AACCUGAUUAGCUGAGCAAUAACCCAGGAUACAAAUAGCAGCCUUGUACACUAUAUGAAGGCUUUGUGUCUCUAUCACUGUCUCACACUUCAGCAGGAUCAGCUUCACCAGACGUCACUGAUUGGCCACAAUGAGUCCCAAGUAUGUCAUCUUCAAGAAAGCGUGCAAAGACAAGUCGGUGGCCGUGUAUAUGGGAAGACGAGAUUUUGUCGAUCAUGUCGAUUCGGUGGAUCCAGUGGACGGCGUUGUUCUAAUCGACCCCGAGCUUCUGAAAGGCAAAAAAGUGUACGUCACUCUGUCCUGUACGUUCCGCUACGGCCGAGACGACAUGGACGUGAUCGGUAUAGCCUUCCGGAGAGACAUUUACCUCUCCACCCGGCAGAUCUACCCUCCUCUGCAGGACAAGGAGCAGUGCACUCUCACCAAGGUGCAGGAAAAACUGCUACGCAAACUGGGUUACAACGCAUACCCCUUUUUCUUUGAAUUCCCUGAUAAUCUGCCCUGCUCUGUGGGACUGCAGCCAGCUUCUACCGACGUGGGCAAGCACUGUGCUGUAGAGUUCGAGGUGAAGGCCUUCAGUGCCGAGAGCCUGGAUGCUAAAGUCCAGAAGAGGAGUACAGUGCGUCUGAUGAUUCGUAAGGUCCAGUACGCUUCGCAGAAACCCGGUCCUGCACCUUCGGUCUCUGUCACUCGUGACUUCCUGAUGUCUGACAAACCCCUGCACGUGGACGCGAGCCUGCAGAAGCAGACGUAUUAUCACGGAGAGCCGAUAAAAGUACGAGUCAACAUCAACAACGAGUCCAACAAGAAUGUGAAAAACAUUGUUCUUUCUGUGGAUCAAAUUGCUAACGUUGUUCUUUACUCCAACGACAACUACAUGAAGUCAGUGGCCAUAGAGGAUUCUGGAGACACCUUGGGUCCAGGUGGCAAGAUGGAAAAGGUGUAUACACUCUGCCCCCUUUUGGCCAACAACAAGGAAAGGCGAGGAAUUGCCCUGGAUGGAAAGCUGAAGCAUGAAGACACAAAUCUGGCCUCGACUAGCAUAAUUAAAGAAGGAGUCCUAAAGGAAGUUCUGGGGAUCCUGGUGUCCUAUAGAAUCUCAGUGAAGCUCAUCAUAGGAGGGCUGAUGGGGUCCAGUGAGAUUGGGUUGGAGUUGCCGUUCCAGCUGAUGCACCCGAAGCCUGAAACAGUGAAAGAAAGUGAGGAUGACGAGAUGGUGUUUGAAGACUUCAAGCGCUCUUUCUUGAAGGGCAUGAAAGAGGAUGAAGAAGAAGGAAAUAUUUCUGCUGGGGAGCCUUGAGAAACCUUUAGAGGAACCAGUUCAAAUCUGGACAUUACGGCCAGCCACCUGGAGACGAUUGGAGCGAGAUGAUGAACAUCUGAAAUAUCCUGAUGAGUCACCUUGAUCCUGUAUUAUAAAGAAACGUUGGCUCUUGGUUUUGAUUGUUUGUCAGUCGUUUCAUGUUGAGUCGUAAUUUUGAAAAAGUCGUUGCUUCAGUGAUUUUAGAGCUUUUAGUAAACAUUUUCAGUGUCUGCAAGACUGCAGAUGUAUUAGAUGCAGACAUACAAGACAUAACUGUAAGAUUUAUGUCAUUGUGUCAGUGAGAAAUGACCAUUAUACUUAUUUAUUACAGUAACGUUCAAUAAAGACAAGAGAUCUCAGGA